GUACUAGGUAGAUGACGUAAGUCAAAAUCAACUGGAAGACGAUAACCUUGAUGCCAUCCUUCGGAAUGUGACUCGAGGAACAAGAUUUUAAUGAUACAGUUCAAUUAUGAUGGCAUUGAAAAAGAUCCAGGAAAUCCCAGCAAAAAUCGGUGUCUCUCACCUUUAUCGUGUUGUAGCCUAUCCUAGUUUACACUAGUCUUAGCCUGUUAACAUUUGUAGCUAACCCUCAUACGUUUGUUGGUACUUGAGGCUUACGAUAACCAAUUAGGCUGUAGCCUAGAUCACAGUUAUCUUAAAUAAAGACGACUUCGACUCCACUCAUAUUCUGCUGCUGUCAGUAAAAUCGCUACAAGUUCCAUCAAACCUAGGCCUGUGAUAUCAGUAGCCUACAAUACCAUUAUCGGAGGAGGAAAGUUGUGAGAGCAUGUCUUCUAAUUCAGCCACUCCACAAAUGGAAGAGGCUGCUGCCAUAAGCCCAGCGCCACCACCGUAUUCUGCAACAGGCACUUCUGAAGGCAGUGAAACAAGAUCUAGAGAUGAAAUCCCUCCUCCCAAACCUGACUUACAUGCUCCUCCUCCUUAUGAGGAGUGUGACAGUGGAGAGGCACUCACUACAUCCAUGACAGUUCCACUGACCACUGGAUCUUCUGAGUUGCAGCCCCCUAGUUAUGAAGAAGUGCAGAGAUUGAAAGCAAUGGAAGCUCAAGAUUCUGAGUUUCCAUUACCACAUUUUGGCGGAAGUGGUUCUUUGGGAGGUGGAAGCAACACAAGCAGUAGUGGCAGUGGAAUGCGAGUACUUCGUAUAUCCUCUCUAGGUGGAUUAGACCCAGAGACGGCCGAAAUUGCUGAGGAACAACUUCUUGGCACAGACAUCAUGUUCUUUGUGGCCUUUGCAGGUACAUAUUUAUUAGCCAAAGUUUUUAGGUCAAUAUAUUUUGAUAAAAGAAUACUACAGUAGUACUGAUAAUCACCAGAUAG